AUGGACUCUAGAGCUGAGACUGCUGGUGCUGAGCUUGGGGGUGAGGGUUCUGGGGGUGCUGAGACAGAGGGUGAGGGUUCUGGGGGUGCUGACUUUGGGGGUGCUGCGAGUCCAAGUGGCGGCGGAGCUGUGGGUGACCCGGCUGGAGGUCCUGGUGCUGGACAGCCGCAGCAGCCUGGUCUACUCGAGACGCUCUCGCCGCAGGCAAUUCGUGUGUGGAUCGUUCGGCGAGGCAGUCCUGGUGGUGGAGGGUACGGUCCUACUGGUGCUGGAGCUGCUAGUCCUGGAGGUACUGCUGGUGCUGGAAGUGCUGGAGGUACUGCUGGAGGUGCUGGAGGUGCUGCUGGUGCUGGAGGUACUGCUGGAGGUGCUGUAGGGGCUGCUGGUGCUAGAGGUACUAGAGGUGCUACUCGUGCUGGAGGUGCUGGAGCUGCUAGUACUGGAGGUACUGGAGGUGAUGCUGGUGCUGGAGGUGCCGGAGCUACUAGGGAGGUCCAGCUGGUGCUGGAGGUGCUGGAGCUGCUGGUACUGGAGGUGCUGGUGCUGCUGGUGCUGGAGGUGCUGGAGGUGCUGGAGGUACUGCUGGUGCUGGAGGUGCUGGAGCUGGAGGUACUGGAGGUGCUGGAGCUGCUGGUCCUGGAGGUGCUCGUACUGGAGGUACUGGAGCUGCCAAAGGUGGUGGUGCUGCUGGUACUAGAGGUGCUAGUGCUGCUGGUGCUGGAGGGGCUAGAGGUGCUACUGGUACUGGAGGCGCUAGAGGUGCUAUUGGCACUAGAGGCGCUGGAGGUGCUACUGGUGCUGGAGGCGCUGGAGCUGGAGGUACUGGAGGUGCUGGAGCUACUGGUCCUGGAGGUGCUUGUACUAGAGGUGCUGGAGCUGCCGCAGCAGGUGGUGCUGCUGGUGCUGGAGGUGCUGGAGAUGUUACUGGAGCUGCUGGCACUGGAGGUGCUGGAGGUACUGCUGGUACUGGAGGCGCUGGAGCUGGAGGUACUGGAGGUACUGGAGGUGCUGGAGGUGCUGGUCCUGGAGGUGCUCGUACUAGAGUUGUUGGAGCUGCCGGAGGUGGUGGUGCUGCUGGUGCUGGAGGUGCUGGAGGUGCUACUGGAGCUGCUGGCACUUGAGGUGCUGGAGGUACUGCUGGUGCUAGAGGUGCUGGCGCUGCUGGAGCUCGUGGUGCUGCUGGUGCUGGAGGUGCUGGAGGUGCUACUGGAGCUGCUGGUGCUGGAGGUGUUGGUGCUACUGGUGCUGGAGGAGCUGGAGCUGCUGGUACUGCCCCGCGGCGACCAUUUUUCUACCCGCAGCCGUAGUCACCAGUCUCAGCCACAGCUAGUGCCUGGCUCCCCGCUGCCUGCUCCUGCUCCUCACACUGAGGUGACUGAGUCCCUGACUGAGCGUCCUGAGCCUGAGACUCGUGCUUCAACACCUGUUCGUGCUCGUUGUGUUGCUUGUCCUCUUCCUCCUGCUGUCCCAGGCACUCACGGUAUGGCACUUCGUCCUUCCUCUGUUCCACAGCGUGCUGUCCUGCCUGAGCCUCCCGCGUCCUCUAUUCCGCACGUUCCUGACCCUGAGUCCAACCUUGCUCGUGCUGCUAGUCCUAGUGUCACUCGUCUCCUCGCUACGGUAGUCACUGACUCUGACUUUGAGUCUACUGCUGCGUUUGCCCUAGCCACUGAGCUAGCCGACUUUGCAGCUAGGAGUCGUCUCGACUACGCCACGAGUCUUGUUACUGAGUCUGAGUCUGUCUGUCCUCCGUCCGUCGGGGGUGAGCCUGCCCUUAGCAGUGACGUCCUUGAGGACAUGCAGUUUGAGGUUGAGUGUCUUACGACCGCUUUACCUCGUUUCGCAUCCAUGCUGCUUUGCCCUGAGGGAGACCCGGAUGCACUUGACAUCCCUACCCCGCGCUCUUACACUAAGGCGAUCGCGGGUGAGUACUCCUCUCAGUGGCAGACAACCAUGGACGCAGAGAUGACUUCAUGGAAGUCCACAGGCACCUACGUCGACGAGGUUCCUCCUUCUGGGGCAAACAUACGUGACUACGAGCUGCACUCCCUCAACUUCUCCACAGCUUUCUUGCAGGGCAGCCUUCACGAGGAGAUCUGGCUGUGCCGCCCACCUGGCUUCACUGGGUCGUUUCCUGCGGGUACCCAGUGGAGCCUCCACCGGCCACUCUAUGGUCUCCGCCAAGCACCUCGAGAGUGGCACGACACACUGAGGACUACACUUGCGGCUCUUGGGUUUGCUCCUUCCUCUGCUGACCCGUCGCUGAUUCUACGCACUGACACUACCCUGCCGCCAUUCUAUGUUCUCGUGUACGUCGACGACCUGGUUUUUGCUACUGCUGACACUGAGGCGCUGGCCCUAGUGAAGGCGGAGCUGCAGGAGAGACACACUUGCACUGACCUGGGUGAGCUGCGUAGCUAUCUUGGCUUGCAGAUCACCUGGGACAGAGCACGGCGCACCAUCACCUUGACUCAGUCACACAUAGUGCACCAGGUCCUUCGGCGCUUUGGCUUCCAGUAUUCCUUGCCAUAA